AUGGAGCAUGCCCAGAUCCAAACAUCCGAUGGAUCUCAAGUGAUGACCAUCAAUGGACAACAACUGCAAGUGUUACAAAUGAACAAUAGUCCUCAUAUGUUACAAGGGCCUAACGGUCAACAUAUUGUUAUACACUCAAUACCAUCUACAGCUCCAGCUAUACAGAUUGGGACUCCACAAAUCCAGGUUGCAGCUCCUGGUGGUCAACAAUUGCAACAAUUACAAGUUCUACCUUUGUCCAGUCUUCAAGGCACAAGUAACAACAUUCAGCCCAUGCAGUUAGUGCAGACUCCGGAUGGACAAACUUUCAUUUAUCAGCCAACACCCAGCACUUCUCAGCAGCAAAUUGAUCAGCAUCAAAUCAUACAUCAACCUGGCACGCUUAUAAAUCUCAAUGGCAAUCUUGUGCAAGUGGCCGGUGUGGGCAACACAGUGCAGCCGCAGCAGAUUGUCAAUCAGCCUAACAUUGUUAUGAUGGUGAACGGUUCGAACGGUGCCACAGCAUCCUCAUCCGAAGGUGCAUCUCAAGCUGGCUCGGAUGAAGAGCCACUCUUGUAUGUCAAUGCGAGGCAGUAUAAGCGCAUACUGCGUCGUCGCGCCGCCCGAGCCAAGUUACAUGAACAGGGAAAGAUACCAAAGGAGCGUCCGAAAUAUUUACAUGAGUCAAGACAUAGACAUGCAAUGAACAGAAUAAGAGGGGAAGGCGGCAGAUUCAACUCUGGCAGCAGAAAAAAUAUGGAACAAGCUGAACAAAAUUCAUCAUCACAAAAGAUCUUGGAGGACAUCAAACCUGAUACUGUUUCAAUUACCAUUAUUCAGGAUGAAGAGCUACAAGAGAACCAAACGAAUCAAUGGCGACGACUCGCACCACAACCCCUCACUUCGACA